CACCUCGCCCUUCUCCUCAUCGGCGCCCUCGGCCAUGAACAACGUCCGCUCCACCCAAAAGGUCAACGACGAUGAGCUCGCCCGAAUCGCAAAACACGGAGAAGCGGCCACACGCGGCUCUUGGCACGACGAGUUCCGGGACUCUGCCGUCAUCUACGUAGGCGGUCUGGACCCACGCCUAACAGAAGGGGAUGUCCUCACCAUCUUCUCCCAAUACGGCGAGAUUCUAGAUGUGCAUCUCCCCAAGUUCACAGGGAAGCCACCGACACCCGAGAUCAAUCAGGCAAGCAACGAUGAUCCUAGCGGAGAGAAGGCUGCAAGGCUAGCGAGGGAGGCAAAGGAGAAACGCGGCAAGAGGAGGGGAUUUGGAUUUCUGCUUUACGAAGAUCAGAGGAGUACGGUUUUGGCGGUGGAUAAUCUGAAUGGGUCGAUGGUAGUGGGCAAGACCUUGCGCGUGGACCAUGUCAAGGACUACAAGCAUUUGGAACGAGACGAGGAGAGUGGCAAGAUGAGGGAGAGGGACGAAUUAAGGACGAAUGCAAGGCCGCAGAUUGAGGGGGCAGAGGGAAGCAGCAGUAAUGCUCUUGCAUCAUCGUCCAAGGCAGUAAAGCGAGCAACGUCAAGCUCAGGAAGCCCUUCACCACCGCCAAUGCCAGAAAUCGACCUCGAGGAUCCAAUGGCCGGGUAUCUCGCUCAGCAGCGUAAGCGACGAUGGGCCGAUGGGCAAGAUGACCAUGAUGAGGGAGCAUCGCGCCGCAAGCCAGAGAUUGUUCGUCAGGCAGAGAAGGAGGCAAAGAGGCAGCGCAAGGAGGAUAGGGCCAGGAUCCGAGCAGAGAGGGAGGAGAGGAAGAAGGGGAAGGAAGUGGCUGGUGAGCCGCCGAGGAAUAGUAGGGAGAGAGGCGCCAGGAGCAGGAGCAGGAGCAGGAGCAGAAGUCCGAGAAGGCGAGACGAAAGGUCGCGAGGCUAUUACGACAGGCGCGGAGACGACGAUAGGCAUUCUCGUCCUCGUCACUACGACAUUCACGACGGCGACGACGAUCGACGUCGUCCACGAUACCAGUGAUCAGCAAUCUAGUCCAUUCAGCAUUACCUGCCGCCCCUUACGUCCGCAUCACAUCAUCUCCACUCGAGCCCUCUCAGCUUCCUCCCUCCUGACACCGCUCAUCUCCAAGUCCAAUUGAGCCUCCUUGAGCUCUAACAUCGUCUGCCUCAACCCACCACUGCUCCCUGUGACC